AUGAAGGGAAGGGAGCCACAAUUACUGACAAUGGUCGUGGCACAUGUGGACAGGCCUGUUUGCGCCUCCACCCAGUCGCUGCUCACCUGGUCGCAGAUUCCCGAUGUUUUCAGGGAGGGAGAGCGAGAGAGCGAGAGAGAGCGGGCACAGGGGGAGUGGCUGCGCGGCGACCAGCCGCAGCGUGGCAAAGACUUGGAGUUGAGGUUCGACGACGCAGUGGACAAACUCCGGGAGAAGCCGAAGCCCGAGGUGAAUGAUGCCACGAGGCCGCCGAGCCAACGUGCUGCAAUCGCGGAGAAAGGCGCCUUCUCAAUUUGUGUGCCUGGUAGCUUCGGACCAGCGGAUGGGGAGGAGCUUUCAGGUGCCCAGCUCAUCGGAGAGUCCCUCGCAACACUCUCCGGGGAAGCUGACUUCGACAAGUGGCACGUCUUCUUUGCCGGCGAGAGAUUGGACGGCGAGGAGUCCUUUCUGCUGGCGAAGAAGCUCUGGAUAGACAGCUGUGGAAUUCCGGAGUCUCAGGUUCAUCCGGUUCCACAAGGAAUGCCUGCGGAGGGGGCUGCAGCUCAAUACACGGCGGAAAUUUGCAUGCAGGAUGAGACCAUCCUGGUAGACAGCGAUCAGGGCCUCCCUGCGGUCGACCUGCUCCUUCUCGACAUGGCCAAAGAUGGUACCAUUGGGCGUUUGAAGCCAAACUCGCCUGAGGUAGAAGAAGCAGGCUCUGGCAAGGUGAUUUUGCCAGUUGAAGACGACGAUGCAGAGGCUGCCAUUGCAGCUCCUGACUUCAUGAAUGCAGCACGGACGGCAGUGAUCGUGGCGACGGGUGCUGCGGCCGCUGCUUCGGUCAACAAAGCCCUUGACAGCGCCAGCUCGGCCUGCCCGGCUAGUCUGAUUCGGACGGACAAAACGAUAUGGCUGCUUGACGCCGAGAGCGCACAGGAUGUGAGCGAGCCGUGA